AUGCAGGAGCCGUCGGAGGUCAAGACGCANNNNCUCGAGCUUGAACACGAUGCAUGGUUGACUCUCUGUGUUGGAUCUAGCGCUUAG